GUUUUUUUAUCAUGGCGAGAUACAUGCGACCUCCAAACACGUCUCUGUUCAUCAGAAACAUCUCCGAUGACAGCAGAAAAUGUAAAGACAUACAGUUCUGGAGACCUUCCCUACAAAGAGUAUUUAAAAGGGCCGAUGUAGAGUAGAUUCAAGACAAAGACAAUAAAGAGAGAGUUAAAGCUUGAAGAUUCAAAGGGGACCAAAAUUGGAGUCAAGGCCUCGUUCUGACCAAAGAAAGAGGAAAAGACUAAAGGUUAUUGGGCACAGACAUCCCCAAGUCCUUCUCGGAGGCGGUUAAAGACAAUAAAGGUCAAGCUGAAGGUCAAAGGUCAAGCAUGUUAAAGACUGGUAAAAAUGCAAAGCCUUAACCGCAUCAGCAUGUUCGAGGACGUUCGUGACGCGGAGGAUGCGCUGCAUAACCUGGACAGGAAGUGGAUCUGUGGACGGCAGAUCGAGAUUCAGUUCGCUCAAGGAGACAGGAAGACUCCCGGUCAGAUGAAAUCCAAAGAGAAGCACUCUCCUCGCAGCGACUCGCGGUAUGAUGACUACGAGCGCGACGGCCGGCGCAGACGCUCACGCAGCCGCAGUUACGGCAGAAGCAGAUCUCGCAGUCCUUCAUACGAACGCCGCGCGCACAGAUCAGGAAGCCCCAGAGACUCUCGGUCGCACGGCAGACACCGGAGGAGCAGAAGUCGGGAGAAUGACAGACACAGGUCACGUGAUCACGGCCGCAGACGCCACCGAUCAGCCUCGCGUUCUCCGUCACGCGACUCCAAAUACAAGUCCAAGAGCCGGCGCUCUCGCUCCCGGUCCAGAUCGGCCAGUCCUCCGGCGGAAGAGCUGCAGGCGCAGACCGGAUCCCGUGAGGAAGAGCCCCGCGUCCGCUCGGCCUCCCGCUCGCCGUCCCGCUCGCGCUCCAGAUCCUGGGCCGGACGCAAGUCUGGAGGCCGCUAGCCAUCGCUCUGCUUUUAAAUACUGUAUCGUGCAGCUUUUCAUCCAAUCUUUGUGUUUAAUCAUGACGGCACAGCAGCUUCUGCUUGUUCUCGUUCUUAUUGGAUCCCAGACAAACGAUGCAACUUGCUUGAAAGUUGAUGUUGUCAAGGCAGUUCGUUCUUUUGUAAGAAGCGUGCUUUGAUGCCAGUAUAAAGAUGGCUUUAUUUUUAUAGUCAAAGACAAGCAGAACACCAGCCGUUUUAUUUCUUUGUUUGAUUGUAGAAAGAUGCAUGCAGAAACAUUGUUAAUAAUGGGGGGGACCUUUU